AUGCUUCCACCGAGUAGGUCUUGAGGUAUACAGAAGGCCUAUGUUGGGUCAUGCACUAUUACUAUGAAGGCGUUUGUUCCUGGCAAUGGUUUUAUCCAUAUCAUUAUGCACCUUUUGCUUCUGAUCUCAAGGAACUUGAGCAGCUAGAUAUUAGCUUUGAACUGGGCUUCCCUUUCAAGCCUUUCAAUCAACUGUUGGGUGUCUUCCCAGCUGCAAGUGCCCAUGCGCUUCCUGAGCAUUAUAGGAAAUUGAUGACUGACCCAAAAUCUCCCAUUAUCGAUUUUUAUCCUACUGACUUUGAAGUGGACAUGAAUGGAAAACGUUAUUCCUGGCAGGGUAUUGCAAAGUUGCCUUUUAUUGAUGAAAGUCGUCUUCUUGCUGAGGUUGCAAAAGUAGAAAACACCCUUACAGAGGAAGAAGUGCGCAGAAACAGCAGGAUGUUUGACAUGAUCUUUGUUGGAACAUCUCACUGCCUCUCUGAAUACAUUUUUUCUCUUGACAAUCGCUGCAAAAAGUUGAGUUACAGAGAAAGAAUAGGAGUUAAAGAAAAACUUAAUCCUGAUUUGAGGGAUGGUAUGAAUGGUUACAUAUCCCCUUGUGCUGGGGAUGCUCGUCCUUCCAUUUUCAGGUCCCCCAUUGAGAGCAUGGAAGAUAUUUCAGGAAAUGAAGUCAUAUGUGCUUUAUAUAAACUUCCAGAUGCACAUAAGCACAUUCCACGUCCACCUUCUGGUGUAAUGUUCCCUCAAAAGAUAGUGCAAUUGGGGGAUUUGAAAGAUGAGCCUGUUUUAUGGCAUGAAGAGUCUAUGAGGAAACCAUGGAACAGAGAAAGGCAGAAAUACCAGUUUGGGGAGGCAUCACAUCAGAAGAAACCAUGCCACAGAGAAAGGAAAAACCAUCCUGGAGCCAUUUCUGGCCACCAGCUUGGGGAGGCAUCACAUCGUCUUGUCAUUAAUAGCUUACAGUUGAAGAAUCAGGUACAUCAUAAAACGGAGCCACCAGGAACAGACUAUUCUGACAUUAGUGAAACCUGUACUUCGAGACCCAAUUUUCAGACUCAAUAUGCGCAUGGUUAUGAUAAACAACGGAGGGUAUCAGCUUCGCACGCACAACAAACUGGAUAUCAUCCUCACCGCCGACGAGAUAACUAUCCUGCUGAAAACAGCAGAGAGUAUUCAAGGCCCGUGAGUUACCCAUCAGAUUAUAACGAUCAAAACAAUGGACCAAGCGAUGUAAACCAGAAUACAGCCUCGGUGUUAGAAGAUGUUGCUUACCCUUCUCUUAAAGGCGGUUAUGCUGGAAACCACCGCCACCACUCCCAUAGAUUUGGUAGCUUCUGGCAUUUGGGUGAUGGGCAACCUCAACAGGUCAAUGAGCAUGCACCUAGAGGACAUGACGACUUUGAUAAACAGGGAAAGAGUAAUAAUUGCAGCGGAAGAAGAAACAGACAACAAAGAGGGAAUUACCAAAGUGGUAACCAACAAAAUAAUCGUUAUUCUGGGUUGAGGCACAAAAGCAAGUAGGAGGCCACCAAGAUAAUGUGGCGGGUAAGAGGCUAAAUUUUCUGUUUGCUUUUUUCUUUAUUUAUCUAUUUCAAGUUUUGGUAAUGAGCAGACACAUCCGGAAUCUGCAUCAAGAUACUUGCUAAUGCUGGCAAAUGAGGAUUGCCUCAUUUCGAGAUUUAUCCCUUGUACCACAAAUUUUUUGCACCAUAGUUACACAACUUUGAUUUUUCUAUUGGUUUUUUUUCUCGACUAGGACGAGGAUUCUCAUGUCCAAUUACUUACCUACUAUUGGUUCUGUUUCUCUAGGCUACAUAUGUAAGAGGAUAGGUAAGAUAUGGAAGAUGAAGGACGUUAAUAAUUUAGUCUUAUUUGUUUA